UAGACGCCUCUGUACACCAAAUUCGUCAGUAUACGCUACGCCUAAAAGAAUAUUUAACUGUUAGGCCUGAUAUGUCUAUGUAUCGGGUUUGAAGUUGAAUGCCGUUAAUCGGAGUAUCACUGAUGUCUCAUUUUAAAAGACGGAUAUUCAAUACUGUAACUGAAGUUGGAGUUUGACUCCAUUCGUGUGAGCUGAUUUUUUUUUCUUUGGAGUACGGUCAAAUCCAUACUGCUUGCUUUGAUCGAAUGGGAUCGUUUAGAAAUCAGACAACAGAAUCUAACGGUACCGGGCAGAGACAUGUGGAAGCGGGUCUCUCAUGAACUCUUGGGUCUUCAUGUGUAUUUCAGGAGCAGGAUUAGGCUAUAGGUGUGGAUUUUGGAAUCUCGAUUAUGGGCUCUCUGAAAGCUUUACAGGACUGGUGCAGGAGGCAGUGUGAAAGUUACAGUAAUGUGGACAUUACAAACAUGUCUUCAUCCUUCAGGGAUGGACUGGCCUUCUGUGCCAUCAUCCACAAACACAGACCUGAUCUCAUAGAUUUUGACUCCCUCUCAAAAGAAAAUGUCUUUGAGAACAACCGUCUGGCAUUUGAGAUUGCUGAGAGUGAGUUGGGUAUUCCAGCCCUGCUGGAUCCAGAAGACAUGGUGUCCAUGAGCGUGCCUGACAGAUUGAGCAUCAUCACCUAUGUAUCUCAGUAUUACAACUACUUCACUAACAAAUCUCACACUGUCUCCACAAACAUAAAGAGCCCUGGUGGCCCUGGUCACAUCAAACCAGCCAUAAAGAGACCAUUUGCUCCUCCAGAGGGCCGUGACGCUCAGACUGAGUCUGGUGCUGAUAGCCAACCAAAACGCAGUACUCUGAGCAGCACCUGUUCAGUCUGUGGAAAACAUGUUCACCUGGUUCAGAGGAUCCUCGUUGAUGGCAAACUUUAUCAUCGGAACUGCUUCAGAUGUAGGGAAUGCAGCAGAACUUUACUGCCUGGCUCUUACAAGUUCACAGAGGAUCCUGGAUCACUAGUUUGCAAACACCACUUCACCAAAUCUGCCUCCACCAAUCAGAAUGGUCAUUCAGAUAUGAGUAAUCAACUAGCCAAAUUAACUUCAACCAGCCCAGAAGACCCAAACAAUAGGAGUUUAGAAUCUAAAGCAUCACAUAGCGAUGCUGAGAUCACCCCAGAGAGAGAGGACAAGGAAAUAACUGAGAUAGAAAAAGCAGCAAUUAUGCAGCCAGAUAGAAGAUCAGAAGUCGAGACAGAGCAGAGAUCACUUUGUUCUUCUAGUCCACCAAAUCCUUUUGAUGAAUCUGAAGAAGAGGAUCAGAACACACAACAAGAAGACCACAAGCCAGCUGCUGAUGGGGCCAAUGGCAACGAGUCAACAACGCCUGUGAAGAGUACUGCAGCAGAGGGUCGACCGGUUCCAGCACCUAGACGUGUAUUUGAGCCCACCCCUGCUCCUCGUCCUGUCCCCAGGCCACGCCCACCCAGGUCCUCUGAAAGCCCUGUUGUCAAUGGAGAUCCUGACACUCAAAUUCCUCAAGCUCCUGUGCCAAGAGAAAGAGUGCACUCACCUGCUCGAUCUAGCAAGGCCAAUGACACUCCUAAACUAAAAGACCCACCCUGGCUGGCUCUUGUCCAGUCAGAGACCAAGAAGAAACCAGCACCUCGCCCACCCACAGGUAUAGCCAUACCUCCCAGCACUGGUUCAUCUCCUUCUGAAAAGGAAGAGGAAUCAAGACCAUCCACUCCUCCAAAUCCCUUUGAUGGUGAAGAAGAGGAGCCAGAAACAGGUCCUGAAGAUCCUCCUGCUCCUGUGGUGGCUAGUCAUCCUUGGUAUGGUAUUACUCAGUCUGCUGAAAUUACAGCUGGGGACACAAGAAGACAAAGUCCUGCCCCUUCUGAAAGUCCCGUAAGUGUCCGAAGGAAGAAGCGACCAGCACCCAAAGCUCCAAAUUCUUCUACAUCAGCUUUUUCUUCAUCCCAGACUUCUUCUCCUGCUUCUUCUUUAGCUCUGAGCACAGAGAGCCUUUCCUCCUCUUCCUCAGACCACAGUGCAGUCCCCCAGCAACCUGCUGCUAAUGAACAGGACCAUUUGUUUACCAAGAGUGUAUCUGAACCAUCAAUCAACGCUCCUGCUUCUGGCCUGUCCCAAAAAACUAAGCUUCAGCCUAACUGUUCUCCAAACCUGCCUCCUCCACCACCACCACCUACCAAUACCAACUCAGCACCAGCUACUCCACAAACCAAUCGCAGUGUGAGACCACCACCACCCCCCUUUUUACAGACACCCAGCACUCCAGGCAAGCGCACUUGUAAAGAGAAUCCUUUUAAUCGGAAGACAACCACCUCUGUCAGCUCUUCUGUAUCCAGACCUCCAAAAGGGCCCCGUCCUGCACGACCUCCUGCACCUGGACAUGGAUUUCCUCUCAUUAAGCGUAAAGUACAGUCAGACCAGUAUAUUCCAGUUGAAGACAUCCAUGUAGAGAUGAGUGAUCUGGAGAAACGCUUGGAUGAAUUAGAGCAGAGAGGGGUGGAUCUGGAGAAGAGCUUACGAGAAUGUUCAAAUGAUGAUGAGGAGGAACAUCUACUUGUUGACUGGUUCACUCUGAUUCACGAGAAGCAUUUACUGGUACGGAGAGAGGCUGAACUGGUCUACACAGCCAAGCAGCAGAACCUGGAGGAGAGGCAGGCUGAUGUGGAAUAUGAGCUAAGAUGUUUACUUAACAAGCCAGAGAAAGAAUGGACACCUGAAGACAAAGACAGGGAAAAGCAAUUGAUGGCAGAACUUGUCACUAUAAUUGAGCAGAGGAACCAGAUUGUUAACAGCAUAGAUCUGGACAGGCAGAGGGAGGAGGAGGAAGACAAACUAGUAGCUGCUAUGCUAAAGAAAAAAGAGUUUCAUGGACAGAGUGAGCAGAAGAAGAAAACAGGGAAGUUUAAGCCCAUGAAGGUUUUGAAGAGACUGAGCACCAAGAAUGAAGGAGUAAAGGACAGCAGUCCCAGAAAGGAGAACAGUUGAAGAGUAAACUUACGAAGGAAAGAGAAACAAAAAAAGAUAUACUAAAAAGAUUGACUAAAUGCUCUUUAUGUUUAAUUAACGCUUUUAAAUAUAUUGCUAUAAAACAGAGCCGGUUAUGUUUAAUUUGCCUUUCAGGUAGUAGCAGCUGAAGUGAUAUACUGCAUAACUGCAGUACAUAAAAGUGAAAAAUUAACACUGUCUUAGUCAGAUGCGACGAUUUAAAAAAUAUAUACUGAAAGGCUCAGCCACUAUAUAAUCUUACUUUAAUCUCUACAUUUUGAAGUAAAAGAAAACUGAUACUGAAUGUGAUGAAGACAUGACAUUGAGAAUCAAUGAGGCAAUGAGAAAAUUAUGCUGACAAAGUUUAACACAUACCUUUCUUUUAAACUCAUCGUUAGUCAUAGAAAGCACUCAAUAGGAAGCCUAUUAAAUGGUAUGACAUUUAUUUUUGCCAAACUUGAUUUAAUCUUGUUCUCUGGGUUUAUAUUUAUUUAUAAAUGGCAUGGAGGGUACUGCUACUUUUCUUUUCUUUCCACACUGAAGAAAAAACUUUUCAGGCCCCAUCCAGCCUUUUCAUCUCACUAAUUAAAGAAACAUUGUUGAGAUGAAAGAAAUAAAUUACUAGUCUUUUGGGAUUUUAUGAGUAACAGGGAUUUUUCGAUUUUUGUCUGCCUGGGUUUGGUUGCACCAGCUGUGCUUAAUUUUAAAAAAGCCUAGUAUUAAACCGAUAGUGAGUGACAAUUUACGCAGUAUUAAAUAUUUGAAAGCUGCACCGUUAAACUUAGUUCAGACAUAACUAUACAUACAAAUAUAUACAAAAUAUGCAAUAAACAAUUACGGAAGCUUCCAACUCAAGAGUACCAACUGGAAUGUAGCAGAUUUUAAAACAGCGUCAGUAAGCUCAUGUUUUACCUGACAGAAUACAAUGCUUUAGAGAAGUUUGAUUGUGUUGACAUUUACAGUUGUUUACUUUUUAAAAAAAGAGAACGUUACGUGAAUAACUGACUUGCAGCUCUCCAGCACGAAACCAGAUCUAAACAGCAUAUCUCUGUGUGCACCGCUCUGUGCCAAAAACAUCUCAAUGUCAUUAGUUUUUGUUGCAUCAGUAUUUAUUUAUUGCUCCUUGUUUUGUUAUUUACAAUGUUAUUUAUAAUGUUAUUUACAGAAUAGUGUUAAAAAACAUAAUUUUAGCAUUAGUUACAUGAGGCAAAAGACAUUGAUGAACUGAAAAUCACAUUUCUGCUUCUGAAGUUGAAAGCUGAUGUUGAAUAAUUUAUGGUAAUUUUCUUAUUAUGCAAUGAUGCAUUACUUCUGAACCAAAUUACCAAAUUUAAAAGAGAGUGUAGAUUAAGCAAAAAUUUAUUAACAGCUGGUGCAACCCUACCCUGGAUAACAUUUUAUAUACACAUUAAUUUUAAUAUGAUUUCUAUUGAUUAAUACACUGCCUGGCCAAAAAUAAAAUAAAAAUUACAUACUCUUUUGUUGAACCACCAUUAGCUGUGAUAACAGUGUGCAUGCACUGUGGCAUUAUUUCAACAACCUUACGCAACAUCCCAAUAUUUUUUCAUCAAGAGUUGCAUUCAUUUUUGGCAGAGAUAAUGUAUUGACAAUGAGAAUGUCAAACCACUCUGUAAAGUGUACUCCAGCACAAUGAGGUUAAGGUCAGUGGUGAAUAAUUCAUGUGUACAAAUGAUUCUUUGUGCUCCCUGAAACACUCUUUCACAAUUUGAGCCUGAUGAAUCUUGACAUUGUGGAAUAUGGCCACUGGAUACAUCUUCCAACAUAUUUAAUGGAAAGCUACACACUGCAUCAGUUAGGGUUAAAAGGAUUAUUGCCAAAUCUAACAUGCCAGAAACUAUUAAUCCUGCAAUAAUGAUGAUCCAAUUCAACUCAAGUAUUUUCUUAUUUAAAUCCAAAUAGCUUUUUUGGCCCAGGCAAUGUAUUUAAUAUGAAUAAUAUUCAAUAGACUUAUUCAAAUAAAAAAAUAAACUUAAAAAAUAUUGUUAAAUGAUAUUGUUAUAACCCUACGAUGAGAAUUUUUUUUUUUUUUUUUUUUUUUUUUUUUUACGGACAGGGUAUUAGUUCAUAACAUAAUUUCGUACUAGCAAAACCUGGUUAUGUUUUGGAUUUCAGUGCACUGCAAAAAAGGCUUUUUUCUUACCUAGUAUUUUUUGUCUUGUUUCUAGUCAAAAUACCUACAAAUUCUUAAAUUAAGAUGCAUUUACUAGAUUUACUUGCUUUAAACAUUUACUUAUUUAAAACAAGUAAAAUUAUAAAAUUAUCUGCCAGUGGGGUAACCAAAAUACUGCCACUGACAAAACAUUGACAGACAGUUUUCGUUUUUUUUUUCUUCUGGGAACAAGACUAAAUAUCUUAUGCCAUUCAGGCCACGUUCACACUGUCAGUUUUUAGGAUUGACAACUGCAUUUACUUACAGGUCUGAGUUUUGAAAUGUCCCAUUCACACAGCAGCUUGCAGACGUUUUUCAAAUAGGGAUGGCGUAUCGAUCCUGAAGUAUUGAUAUAUCGAUACUGAUAUGAAUAUCGAAAGUAUUGAUACUCAAAUAAAAAAAUAUCAAUAGUAAGGUGUGUUUUAUUUACCAGUAAUAUUGUUUAUUUAACAAAAAAAUAAUGCAUGCAAUAUGGAAUAAACUAGACGAAUAACCUAUGUUCGCACAUAAUUGUGUAGGAAAGAACUAUUUUUCUGGUCAUCUGAACACACGCAAUUAAUGCAAGACAGAACCAAUCAAUCACAGAGUGUUUACUCACUUUUGACAGUGCAUUCAGAUAGGGCUGCGUUUCCCAAAAGUAUCAUAAAGCGUUGAUGUUUUUGGGAACAGCAGCCCAGAACAAUACAGAAAAAAAUCUUAUAGCCUGUGUUUGAGUUAUUUCACAGUAAACAAAUUCAAAUUGUAGCCUAUAUAGUUUGUUCAAUUACAUUUAUUAAAAUUGAAUGUUAAAGGUUCAUGUUGAUCAGGUUCUAUUCUGUAAUGUUUAUAUAAAUCAUAUACUGUCAGAACAAAAAGCUGCAUUUUAUGCAUGCAACAGCCUAUCACUUCAGUCCCUUAUGAAAAUGAACCAUGGUUUUAUUAAAGUGACCACAGUUUAACUAUAGUAUUUGUAGAUUUCCAUGGUUACCGCUACAGUAAACCAUUUUUCUCUUAGUAAUUUAACAAUUUAAUAAAUGUGAUAAUCUAAAAGUUUAUUUUAGAAGUAUCGUAUCGGUAUCGACGAUACUGGCCUUUAAAAGUAUCGGUAUCGUAUUGAAAACAAAAUAAGUGGUAUCACCCAUUCCUAUUUUCGAAUACUGUCUGUAUGGACGUGCAACAGGAGUCAAGCCCAUAUUCCUUGCGAGUAACCAUAGCAAUAGAGACCAGCGCAAUAUCAAAUAUGGCGAUGUCUGUAAAACUGAAAGUAUUCCCACUUUCUGACAUGACAAGAGUCCAAUCGAACUGCGAGUUCAUCCAUCAAAUCAUCAUUAACCGACAGCAGCUAUUAAAUUUGAGUGAAGAGCAGAGCUUUGGAGUUGCGUGCAGAAAACAAAAAACUUUCAGAUGACACAGCUAAUUUCUCUGUCACCGUAAAUGACCGAAACCACAAAUUAAAGCAUACGGUAGAUGCAUGUUUGUGCAGCAAAGCGGCUCUCUCGCACUGUAUGACGUGAUGGACAACUAGUUGUCCAGUCCUGUUCUGUUCACACGGCGCGUGUUUUCCAAGAAUACAGUUGUGAGUCCUUAAAAAUUUUUUUUACCGGUGUGAGUUCGGUUAUAGUCCAAGAAUACAGUUGUCACACCCGUAAAUAACUGUACUGUGUGUGAACAUAACCGUAUUAAGGACUCAAAUAUGGUAUUGACAACCGUAUUCUGCUGCUGUGCGAACGUGGCCUUUGUUUAUCUGGUAAAUGCAUCUUAAGAAUUUUAAAAACAAGACAAAAAUACUAAAU